UCUCCGAGCUUUUUAAGAAAGAGAAAGAGGGAGAACCACUGGCCCGGCCUUCUCCUAUCAACGGCGAUGUCAUAGUCCUUUUCGCAGCCCUAUAGCUACCUCCGGUGAGGAGUAGUCUAGCCUGAAAGUCGUGGGGGUUAGACAUACCGACGACCAGACACUGUUCCUCAUUUUUUCUCGUUGUCCCCGAGGAAACUUAACCGGAAAAGUUUCUUCAGACGUCCUUUGACGAGUCCCUAUUGCUUCUUUCACCGAAAACUUAACCGCGACUUCUUUCUUCAAUUCCAGCUAAACGGUGAACGUUCACAUGCCUUAAGACCACAAUCAGAAGGCUCACCGGUGAAAGUACUUCUUUCUAUCCCGUCUUCAUCUACGGUGGCAGAAACUUGAAAAUAGCUUGUUUUUCUCCAGUAACUGAGAAACUGCAUCUCGGUAGGGAUUAACUUUUCAAUUGGGAAUUGACAGUGUCUUCCUAACCAGCCUGUGAGAUCUUUGGAAGAUACUUGAACCGAUUAUUGGAAAUCAUGGAUACUUUAUUGAAAACACAUAAUAAGCUUGAGUUCUUGCCUCAACUUCAUGUGUUCCCAGAGAAAGCGAGUCAUUUGGGCUCUAUAAAGCUUCAAAACCCAGAGCUUAGUUUUUGUCUGAAGAGGCCUUACAAUAAAAGGGUAAGGAAUGGUUGUGUUAAGGCUACCAGUGGUGCUCUUUUGGAGCUUGUACCAGAGACCAAGAAGGAAAAUCUUGAGUUUGACCUUCCCAUGUAUGACCCAUCAAAAGGCCUUGUGGUUGACCUUGCAGUUGUGGGUGGCGGCCCUGCAGGGCUUGCAGUUGCACAACAAGUCUCAAAGGCAGGGCUUUCUGUUUGUUUGAUUGAUCCAUCUCCUAAAUUGAUUUGGCCUAAUAAUUAUGGUGUUUGGGUGGAUGAAUUUGAGGCCAUGGAUUUGCUUGAUUGUCUUGAUACCACCUGGUCUGGUGCUGUUGUCUACAUUGAUGACAAAACGAAGAAAGAUCUUGGUAGACCAUAUGGGAGGGUUAAUAGGAAGCAGCUAAAGUCAAAAAUGCUACAAAAAUGCAUAUCCAAUGGUGUUAAGUUUCACCAAGCUAAAGUGGUCAAGGUUAUUCAUGAGGAAUCUAAAUCCUUAUUAAUUUGCAACGAUGGCAUAACAAUCCAAGCUGCUGUGGUGCUAGAUGCAACUGGCUUUUCUAGAUGCCUUGUUCAGUAUGAUAAGCCAUAUAAUCCAGGUUAUCAAGUGGCUUAUGGAAUUUUAGCAGAGGUAGAAGAGCACCCAUUUGAUAUAGAUAAGAUGGUUUUUAUGGAUUGGAGAGAUUCACAUUUGGAUAAUAAUUUGGAGGUAAAACAGAGAAAUAGUAAGAUCCCUACUUUUCUAUAUGCAAUGCCCUUUUCUUCAGAUAGAAUAUUUCUUGAAGAAACUUCUCUAGUUGCUCGGCCUGGAGUACCCAUGGAAGAUAUCCAGGAAAGGAUGGUGGCUAGAUUAAGGCACCUAGGCAUAAAAGUGAAAAGUAUUGAAGAAGACGAGCGUUGUGUCAUCCCAAUGGGUGGUCCCCUCCCCGUCCUGCCUCAGAGGGUUGUUGGAAUUGGUGGUACCGCAGGCAUGGUUCACCCUUCAACUGGGUACAUGGUAGCAAGAACUCUAGCUGCAGCUCCAAUAGUUGCCAAUUCCAUAGUCCAGUACCUUGGUUCUGGUAGAAGCCUUUCAGGAAAUGAACUGGCAGCAGAAGUUUGGAAAGAUUUAUGGCCUAUACAGAGAAGGAGACAAAGGGAGUUCUUCUGUUUCGGAAUGGAUAUUCUGUUGAAACUCGAUUUACAAGCCACAAGAAGGUUUUUUGAUGCAUUCUUUGACCUGGAACCUCACUAUUGGCAUGGUUUUUUGUCUUCUCGACUGUUUCUCCCUGAGCUUAUAUUUUUUGGUCUUUCAUUGUUUUCCCAUGCUUCUAAUACUUCCAGGAUAGAGAUUAUGACAAAGGGUACUCUUCCUUUGGUUAACAUGAUCAACAAUUUAGUACAGGAUAGAGAAUAGAUGGUUAGGUUUCUAUUUGUUGUAUUGUGAUUUUGUUGCUACUGCAUCAUGAAAAUUUUUAUGCUGUUGUUCCCUAUAAUUGUCAAUAGAAAUCAAAUUUACUUCUUGUAUUGGUAUC